GGUUCUAUUAGGUGCAAGUUUUGCUAACAAACAUUGCUCUUUCUUUUGUUCUCAAGUAUGCAUCAGCGGAUGGCUCUGCAGCUUCGGAGUGGCCUCCAGGGAGCAGCUGUGAUGGUGAUCCUGAUGGUGCUGGGUGCCCCAGGGGCUGAGGGACGAGACUCUCCACAGGAUUUCGUGUUCCAGUUUAAGGGCUUGUGUUACUUCACCAACGGGACGCAGCGGGUGCGGUCUGUGAACAGAUACAUCUACAACCGGGAGGAGUUCGUGCGCUUCGACAGCGACGUGGGCGAGUACCGGGCGGUGACCGAGCUGGGCCGGCCGAUCGCUCAGUCCUGGAACAGCCAGCAGGACAUCCUGGAGCAGACGCGGGCCGAGGCAGACACGGUCUGCAGACACAACUACCAGAUUGAGCUCAGUACCAUCCUGCAGCGGCGAGAGGUGCCUACGGUGACCAUCUCCCCAUCGAAGAGAGAGGUUCUGGAUCACCACAACAUGCUGGUCUGCUCGGUGACAGAUUUCUAUCCAAGCCAGGUCAAAGUCCGGUGGUUUCGGAAUAACCAGGAGGAGACAGCUGGUGUUGUGUCCACUCCCCUCAUUAGGAAUGGGGACUGGACCUUCCAGAUCCUGGUAAUGCUGGAGAUGACUCCACAGCGAGGAGAUGUCUACACCUGCUACGUGGAGCACCCCAGCCUGGACAGUCCCAUCACAGUGGAGUGGAGGGCACAGUCUGAAUCUGCCCAGAGCAAGAUGCUGAGUGGUGUUGGGGGCUUUGUGCUGGGGCUAAUCUUCCUGGGACUGGGCCUUAUCAUCCAUCGCAGGAGUCAGAAAGGACCUCGUGGACCUUCACCAGCAGGGCUCCUGCACUGACACCUGAGGACGUUUUGACUUGUAUUGAUUAUUUCUGUAAUAUCUGCCUUCCUGGCCUGGCCUGUAACUCCACGUUGCCUCAGUUAACAUGUCACCCUCUGAAAUCGUAUGUCUACAGUGACAUUGUUGUAGUUGCCAGCUCAUCUCCUGUGACCCCUCCCUAAAGAUCUGGUUAUGCCUCAGCUUCCUGCGCUGACCCUGAGUCUCUGUCUGUGUGCUUUCAGCUGUGACUACUCAAUCCUAAAGGAUUUCUUUUGUUCCAUUCCCCACUCCCACAGGUUGCUUGAGAGAGGUAGAUCAAAACCAUUUGCCUGCAUUUGGGAUUUAUUUUGUAAUUAAAUAUGAUUAUGAGUUA